UAACUACAACGUUGUAAAAGUACCAUUUUCUAGGUCAUGGUACGUCAUACGUAAAUGCUACUAAUAUAUUUAGGGGUGUUAAUGUAGAUUCACAAAUAAGCUUACUGAUAUCUGUUGUUCACGUAUAAUGAUGUGGGUGUAGUAACUAAACAAAUGGUUCUUCGAGACGGAUAAUUUCUUUAGUUCUCACGAAUUCUUCAAUAGGAUAUUGCAUUUCAAGUAGAAGCUUUUUUAUACUACGUUGUUGGCAAACAAGCAUACAGCCUAAACAGUUACCGUAACCUAUGGAUUACAAAUACAAAGAAGUCUUAAAAUUUUUGGACGGCGUGCAUUCUUAAACCCGCCUGUAUAAGUAAAUAGUGGUUUGUUAAUUAUUUAGCACUGCACCUCAUGCAACAUGGACACACUCAUAUUUAUUUCCAGGUCUAAGAAAUAUCGUUGAUUGUUUUUAGCACCUUGAUUAAUAAUUAUGAAAAACCUAUGCAGAUACCCGUAAUUACGAAUAUUAUGCGUUAUCGCAAUGGCUCUGAAAGGUAUCAAAGUUGUAGAAAUGAUGGGUUUGGCUCCAGGCCCUUUUUGUGGAUCAAUUUUAGUUGACUUCGGAGCCAGCGUUACCGUCGUUGACAAGAUACAACCUUCGCCCUUUGAUGUUAUGUCCAAUGGAAAAAAAAUGAUAUCUGUAGAUUUAAAGAGCAAAGAAGGUGUAAGUGUAAUAAAGAAAUUAUGUGCAUCCUCUGAUGUAUUUCUAGAUACAUUUAGACCAGGUGUAUUAGAAAAACUCGGGCUAGGACCUACUUCACUUUUAGAGGAAAAUUCUAGAUUAAUCUAUGCUAGAUUAACUGGUUUUGGUCAAAAUGGAAACUUUAAGUAUAAAGGUGGUCAUGAUAUAAAUUAUGUAGCCAUGUCCGGUGUACUAUCGCUAUUGAGAACCAAAGCAGAGCCUCCAAGACCACCAAUUAAUUUAUUAGCCGACUUUGCAGGCGGCAGUGUUUUGUGUGCAUUUGGAAUUGUUUUAGCUUUAUUAGAACGCACAAAAUCUGGAAAAGGUCAAAUAGUAGAUGCCAAUAUGACUGAAGGUCUAGCUUAUAUUGCCUCUUGGUUGUUUAGAUCGAGAAAUUUGCCUGUAUGGUCAGGAGAUCCUGGGACAAAUGUUUUAGAUGGUGGUGCCCCAUUUUACAGGGCCUAUAAAACUAAGGAUAAUAAAUAUAUGGCUGUGGGAGCCUUGGAACCAAAAUUUUAUACUAAUUUUUUAAUAGGAUUAGGUCUUCAUGAAGAUCAAUAUAAUCAAGUUGGUGAUGUUGAAGAAAAUACUAAAAAAUUUGAAGAAGUCUUUCUUCAAAAAACUCAAGAUGAAUGGUGCCAAAUAUUCGAUAAUCUAGAUGCAUGUGUGACUCCAGUAUUGGAUUUUGAUACCAUCGACAAUGAAAAAUAUUACAUGUCUAAUGAUUCAUUCAAGAGGAAUGCAAAUAAUACCAUAGUACCUAAACCAGCUCCUGGACUAUCAAAUACACCUGGAAUACCAGCUGGGUUGAAGCCCUUAUCACAACCAGGACAACAUACAAUUCAAGUCUUAAAAGAAUUGGGGUAUGAUGAAACAAAAAUAAAUGAAUUAAUUAAACAAGGCUGUGUUUAUGCUAAACAGACAUCUAAUUUAUAA